AACAGUUAUUACACUAAUUAAAUCUGCAUUAACGAAAUCAUAUCCUCUGUCUACAUUGUCCAUAUCAACUACAUGAAUAUCUUCGCAUACUGUUAAAUUUUGCUCAUCUAAAAUCACAAAUAAUUUUUUAAUACUGAAAAUAAAAAAUUUUAAAUUUGAUAAACAUGGAGAAAGGCAAAGAUAGUGACCCUGCCCAAAGCAGGCAAAGACUACAAGGACCCUAAAAGCUACAGACCUAUAUCUCUACUCUGCCAUAAAUUUAAACUGUAAGAACGAAUGAUUAUGAACCGUAUAAAAGAACAAAUAGAAAGAAAACUUAUCGUCGAACAAGCCGGUUUUAGGCAGGGUAAAUCCUGCACAAGACAGGUAAUAAACUUAUGUCAGCACAUUGAGGAUGGUUAUGGGAACAAAAAAGUUAGAGGGGUGGUUCUUGUAGACUUACGGUGAAUCACAAUCUAAUACUAAAAGAGAUAUAAAAGUAUACAAAUGACUGGCACCUAGUACAAAUAAUAACUUCUAUGCUACGGAAUCGAUGCAUUACAGCCACGCUAAACAAUAAAUGGAGUAGAUGGAGAAAUCAGCGAAAUAGCUUAAUACUUAAUAUCGAAAUUGUAAUUACAAACGGUACUGGUUUUAUUGUCGUUCUCGAUGCUGGCCAUCAUUACUCUAACGGAACGUAUAUUUAUCUGGUUGCCAAUUGACGACGGGAAUCCGAGUAUUUAGACAGGCUUUUGAAUUAGCUCACAACCGUUUCUGACACCGUCACGAACAUUGUACUUCAUCGAUCAAAUUGCAUCAGAAUUCAAGAUGACCGAGGAAAGAAGAAGAUCGCGAGCGACGGACCUUCGCGUUCGACGUCGCCGCCACCGUUGACCGUGUCCGAUGUCGCCAGUAUGGACAUCGAACGUCUUAGGGCUGAUGAAGUUAUGUGGGCCAUGUACGAGCAAGGGUGGAGGGACACGUAUGCCUCCGCGGUUGCUGCGCUGGCCGCAGAGCCCCUUCCGCUGCCUGUUGAUCUGCGUCCCGUGGCCGUCGGAUCCGACCGUGGACAGGCGAACCCUGAUUCUGCGGCCAUCGUUAACCAGCAACCGACCGUCGAUUCACGCCCUACGGCUACCGGACCCGUCCGUAGCCAGACACGCGUCAACCGGAACGCGUGGCGCAGGAACGUUUCCGCUCGUCCGUCGAAGUCGCAAGAACAAUCGAUUGCCUCUACCACUCGAAUAUUAUCCGACGACGAUGUGACGACGCAGGAAAGGAACUGCCGCGAUUGGGUGAACAGUUUGCAGAAAUGCGAGGAACACGGACCUGAGGACAUUAUUUGUCCCGAUUCCGACGUUGACUCGUUCAUCUCCAUGACCAGCAAAGAAAAAGAAGACGCUUUGUGGCAACCGUUGUCGGCACCAUGUUUCCAGAAUUUCACGACUGCGGAUAUUAUCGAGUACAAUUCAGCUUGGACUAACAUUCCUGUUAGAACAUGUUGUGAUCAUUGCGUACUCAAGUUUUGAUAAACCGCAGCUCUA